AUGACUUUGGGAGAGAAAGAUGAGAACCAGAGAGCCCUUGACAUCUACAAUGUUCUUAGAAGAAGAAGGUUUGCGUUAUUGUUGGAUGACAUAUGGGAGAAAGUGGAUUUAAAAGUAAUAGGAGUCCCGUAUCCAACUAGAGAUAAUGGAUGUAAAGUAGCAUUCACUACCCGUUCUAGAGAUGUGUGUGGACGCAUGGGGGUUGAUGAUCCAAUGGAAGUUAGCUGUUUGCAACCAGAAGAGUCAUGGGAUCUGUUCCAAAGAACAGUUGGGGAAAACACACUGAGAAGUCAUCCAGACAUACCUGAACUUGCAAGAAAAGUCGCUAGGAAAUGUCGUGGCCUACCGUUAGCAGUUAAUGUUAUAGGUGAAACCAUGGCAUCCAAAAGAACAGUACAUGAAUGGUGUCAUGCUGUUGAAGUUUUGACAUCAUCUGCCACAGAAUUUUCAGGCAUGGAAGACGAAGUCCUUCCUGUUUUGAAGUAUAGUUAUGAUAAUUUAAGUGGGGAGAUGGUGAGAUCAUGUUUCCUCUAUUGCUCUCUGUUUCCUGAAGAUUAUCAUAUUGAUAAAGAGAGGUUGGUAGAGUAUUGGAUAUGUGAGGGAUUCUUGAGUGAAAAGGAAAGUAGAGAGAAGACAUUAAACCAAGGUUAUGAGAUCAUUGGUACUCUUGUACGUGCAUGUUUGUUGAUGGAGGAAAGAAAAGACAAAACAGAUGUGAAAAUGCAUGAUGUGGUUCGUGAGAUGGCGCUAUGGAUAUCAUCUGAUCUUGGGAAUGAAAAGGAGAGGUGUAUCGUGCGAGCCCGUGUUGGGUUACAUGAAGUACCACAAGUCAAGAAUUGGAAUAUUGUGAGAAAGAUGUCUCUGAUGAAUAAUGAGAUUGAAGAUAUAGUUGGCAUUAGUCACGCGUGUGAUGAGCUAACAACUCUAUUUCUCCAAAAAAACGAGUUGGUAAAGAUCUCAGGUGAGUUCUUUAGAUGUAUGCCUCAUCUAGUUGUUUUAGAUUUAUCAGAGAAUCACAGUCUUGAAAAUUUACCAGAAUAA